AUGUCAACAAGGGAGAUCCCUAUCGCUCGUGCAUUCACCCGCUCUCUUUCCUACCGUUCACUUCCGCCAGCAAUGGUGAUGCGACGGAAAUCCGUACAUUAUGGAGAUUUGGACUUGGAUCGAAUCAUCAGGACACUGACACAGGUAAAACCCUGGCAAAAAUCGUUGGACGUUUCCGAGUCGGACAUUCGAAUGGUUUGCGUGUUGGCGAGACAAAUUUUUCUGCAUCAACCGAUGCUUUUAGAGUUGGAGCCACCGCUAAAAAUUGCUGGUGACAUUCACGGUCAAUUCGCGGACCUCUUGCGUCUUUUCCAUUUGUCCGGUUUCCCGCCCGAGUCCAACUAUUUAUUUCUCGGCGAUUACGUGGAUCGAGGACCGAAAAGUAUUGAGACGAUCGUUCUUUUAUUGUGCUAUAAAAUUAAAUAUCCAAAUAAUUUCUUCUUAUUGCGUGGGAAUCACGAGGUGGCAAAUCUGAAUCGAAUAUACGGAUUUUACGAUGAAUGUAAACGACGCUACAGUGUAAAGUUGUGGAAAACUUUUCAAGACGUUUUCAAUUGUAUGCCCGUUGCGGCGCUUAUCGAUAAUAAAAUUUUCUGUUGUCACGGUGGUUUGAGCCCAAAUUUGCGGAGCUUGGACCAGUUGAAGCGGGUCACUCGACCAUGCGAUAUUCAGGAGACUGGCCUUCUCUGUGACAUUUUAUGGUCGGAUCCGGACAAUUCGGUGGUCGGAUGGGCGCCGAAUGAGCGAGGCGUCUCUUAUGUGUUCGGCGCGGAUGUGUUAAGCCAAUUUUUGCAGAAAAUGGAUUUGGACAUUGUCGUGCGGGGGCAUCAGGCAAUCGAGGACGGUUAUGAGUUCUUCGGUCGUCGCGGUUUGGUCACAAUAUUCUCGGCUCCGAACUAUUGUGGAGAGUUCGACAAUGCGGGUGCUGUGAUGAAUGUUGACGAGAAUUUGCUUUGCUCAUUCCAGAUUCUCAAGCCAAUGGAAUACCCUCUGCAAAAGACCUCAGCAAUGGGCGGUCUUGUCAAUCUCGUCAACAUUAAAUUGGCGUCAGAGAAUGGAACGAAAACGCCGAAACGAUUCCGACGAGGCAUCUUA